UUUUCAGAUUUCUGCUAUAAAAGAUUGAUAAAAGUUGCAUCAUUCAUUAUAUUCCUCAUUAUCAAGAAUAAAAUUUAGUCAAAAAUGGCAGAUGAAGUGAAACUACUUGGCAAUUUUGCUAGUUCAUUUAGUCAUAGAGUAGAAUUAGCCUUAAAGUUAAAAGGGAUACAAUAUGAAUACAUAGAAGAAUAUCUCUCCAACAAAAGUUCUUUGCUUCUCACUUCAAAUCCAGUUCAUAAAAAAAUUCCUGUGCUCAUACACAAUGGAAAACCAAUUGCAGAAUCGCUUGUUAUACUCGAAUACAUCGAAGAAACUUGGGAAAAUAAUCCAAUCCUGCCUAAAGAUCCUCAUGAUCGAGCCAUAGCUCGUUUUUGGGCGAAAUUCGUAGACGAAAAGAUCGUGAAUUUUGCUCGCAAAUUAAUGAUCGCAAAAGAGAAAGUCGAAAUAGAUGGGAUUACAAAAGAAAUCAGUGAGCAUCUCAAGAUUCUUGAGAAUGAAUUGAAGGGAAAAGAAUUUUUUGGAGGUGAUAGCAUUGGAUAUUUAGAUAUUGUGGUAUAUUUUAUAGUCUAUUGGUUCCAACUUAGACAAGAAGUUAUGCAGAUCGAGUUUAUUACCAAAGAGAAAUUUCCAGAUUUAUGCAAUUACAUGGAAAGGCUUUAUGAAAUUGAUGUGGUUAAAGAAAGCUUACCUCCCAAAGAUAAAUACAUAGCUUAUGUUAGAGCUGUUUUUGAGUCUGUCAAAAAUGGCUCGAAAUAAGGCCCCCUCGAAACAGGUGCAAAACCACAAAAAAACUUAUAUAAAUUCUAGUUUGAGCUGCCGUUUGGACAGUUUUAAGAGAGUGAUAUUAGAUUUAUAGUGAAGCUCAGACUAGAGGGAAGUUACACUUACAUAGUCGAAAGAUCAUAUGAUUACAUAUCAUUUAGUUCGGGCUGAAAAAAAAAUUUGUUUAUGCUAUUGACUCGAACUCUAUUGUGUAUUUCUAUGUUAUUCAUUUUUUUUGGUUCUAUCUUCAUGUAUUUAAUUUAUGUGUUUUAUUUUAUGAAUAAAAUUGUUGGCUUCUUGUUCAAAA